AUGGCGUCCCCCAACAUUGGCUUUUUCCCCUUCGCACCAACAGAGGACCUCACCUCGGUAGCGACAUUCCAUAUUGUUCUGUCCACCGCUCAACCCCUCAUGACAACACUUCUGUCCCUGCCGCGCGAAAUACGCGACGAUAUCCUCCGCUUCGCUCUCCCCGAUGACCGCCCCGCUCCCGAGUCUCCAGCCGCCAGCUUGGACCGCGUCGAACUGAGCCACGCAGACGUCGGCGGGAUGGAGCUCUACGAGGACCAAACCUCCGUUUUCGUCGAGAGGGAGCGACCUACGGGUUUCCCGAGCCUCCUGCUCGUCAACAAACAGAUCCACGCAGAAGUUCUCCCGCUCCUUCAACAGCACGACGCCAAUCUCGUACUCGACAUCAUGUACGUCAAGGAAUGCGGCUGGUGGCCCACGUGGCUUUCCUCGACAUGCCUCCGCAGGGCGCGUUUCAGCACGCUUUACGUUCAGAUUCGGAUCUUUGAUCCUCCCGAAGACGUCCCAUUUUCGUGGAGCCGAGACAAUAUUUUCUACCGAGGGGACAUUUACCAGUCGACUAGAAAUAUUUCCCCUGCUUGCGUGACGACUGCUUUCCACCAGAUCAUCCUCGCCUUCCUACGACAUGGGCCCCGAUACGGACCGAAAGUCGUGGAAGACGUCGAGGGAUGGCCCCCUGCUAGCCCAUGUUCUGCUCAGAACCUCGUAAUCGACGUUCUCCUUCCUGAAAACGCGGAGGAUCAUCUGGUUCUGGGAUCGAUGCACGGCGUUAUUAACGAUCGCACACCUUCCGCACCAUCUCCUCGUCAACUUCUAUCUCACCUCAUUGCCGCAACUCUGCUUCACCGGAACCAACCACCACAACCGAUCAUCACAAUGGCAAACUCUUCAGAAGGACUCGACAACCUCAGCACUAUGUUUGAGUGGAGAUUCCACGAGAUCUGGAGAAUCCACGCCGACGGCCGACCCGAAGAAGCAGAGAUUUCCGCCUGUGAACUCCUGAUGGAGCCGCGCCUGGGAUCCCUCCAUCGAGCCGGCCUCCACCUGCUUCUCGCCGGAUCUCCUCACGACUACGUCGAGCACGCGAAAGAGGCCGUCCGCCUUUACACCGAAGUCAAGCAGCAGUACCAGGACACCUUCUCGUCUGAGCAGAAAGCCAACAUCGAGAAGAUGCUCGACGCUGCAAAGGCUUCGCUACAUAAAGCGCGCACCGAUGAGCAGGCCAUCAAUCGCGACAUGGAGAGAGCCACGCAAGUACAUUUACCCCGGUUCCUCGGGCAAGAAGCUAAUGAUAGUAGCGCCGCCGGCGAGACCAUGAACGACUUCCACGACGCUUCGAUCAAACAGGCGAUCGAGCCUUCUCGCGAUGACGAGAACGAGGGCCCCUCUGACCACGGCGUUCCUGAACCCAUUCUCUCGUCUAGUCAGAACGUGCCUCGCAUUGUCCUGCCCUCAAACCAGACUGCCGUCGAGACCAUCGCUGGAGGCUCGCAGCAUGUCCAGGAUGCCGGCCACUCGCAGUCGUCUGCAGUGACCGAUCUCGACGAUGACACGACGCCUCUCCCGGAGAUCAAGGACUUUCAGUCUGCAGACCAUGAGAAGGCUUGA